AUGCAAAAAAGCUAAAGUGUUUUGCCAGCCUGCAAAUUUACGAUUUCCAGCUCAUUUCCAAAGUAAAACCGUUAAUAGUGUAAAUAUAAAGUCAUUUGCUUAUUGUGCUUCAUCCAGUGAUCAACAUUUGAUUGAAAGUUAAUCAUCAAAGAUGAAUCCAAUUACUGUUAACAGUUUACUUUUGUUGACAAUUUUGGCGUCAAAUCUAAAUACAAUUGAAGGUAAACCGUUUGUCUUGGCAGUUCCUUUGAUCACAACAGAACAGAUAAAAGCUUUCUUCGCAUCUUUAACAAGUGGAACCAAAGAUUCAACUGUUUAUCCGCCAAGUGUCACUCGUAUAGUUGAUUCUUGUCAUAAAGCGUUUACACUCGAAGGUGACGUGAUUGAGCCUAAACUGGACUUUCAGCAAUAUCCUAUGGAUUUGUCAUCGCCUUAUUUCCUUUAUUCGAGUGAUAAUCAAACGGACGUCUUUUCACAUAUUUUUAGCCGGAUAAAGAAUGGCACUUCUCCUUGUCCAGUAGAUCCAACAGUCUGUGACCUUUUGGUUCAUAUUGUUUCAAAAGAUGUGCCAAUGAGUUAUGUAGUUAGUAAUCUUGUUGACAACUAUUGGGAAUCCUGUAUGACUUUAACUAACAGCUUAAACAGUGGAACCAGUAAUGAUAAUGAAAGCAACAAUUUACACCCUUCAACAGAAAGGAAUGACCAAGUACAAAUUGUCGAGUGAUUGUUUUCUCGCUAUCUAAUCCAAUCCAAUUUUUGUAUCGUUUGUUUACAGAUAGAUAAAUUGAAUUAAAAUAAUAAUUUACACCGUUUCAA